AUGUUGAGUCGACGGUUAGGAGCGCUGUUCGCGCAGGCGAAGGAGUCGACGGGCAUCGUCGGCCUCGAUGUUGUCCCCAACGCGCGUCAGGUGCUCAUCGGCCUCUACAACCAAACCCUAAGCGCCGUUCAGGUGAUUCCUCAGGAGGCCGUGUACAGGCAGAACGUGGAGGCGCUGACGCGGCAGCGGCUCGCGGUGUGCGAGGAGGAGCAGGAAGCGGAGCAGAUCGAAGCGCGCGUGCAAUGCGGACAGGUGGAGGAGCUGAUCGAGCAAGCUAAGGACGAGCUAGAACUGAUUCCUAAGAUGGCUGGUGAGACUCUCGUCCUGUUAGCCAGCGAGCAUCGUCAGGCCGCCUGCGAGCACUUUCGCCGCGGCGCCACCUGGCAGCCUGGGAUUCGUCCGAAGGGUUUCUACAUUGGACACGUGUACUAUCGGAAGGCGUGUUUUCGUCAAGGAGCUGACUCCAAGUUUCAAGGGCAUGCGCGGCUCGAGAUCGGAUUCCACCUCUAUCCCCACAGCUUCGCCCCCGUGGUUGGAACCGGCUCACCUUCCCCUCUGGGCCCGUCUCUAGUGGAGAAGCGACCCAAGCUAGACGGUUACAGCAGGUUGCCUGCUCGAGGAACCGUCAACUUUGCUCUCUUCUCCAAGCAUGCUACAGCCGUGACCCUCUGCCUGUUCCUGUCCGGUAAGCAGGGCUCGCCUCCUGAUCUCGAGAUUGCCCUGGAUCCCAACAGCCAACGAACGGGCGACAUCUGGCAUGCUUCUGUGGAGAACGUGCCUCUAUGCGGUAUGCUGUAUGCUUAUAAGGUGGACGGUCCAAAGGGGUGGGGAGAAGGCCACCGAUUCGACCCUUCCCUAUUGCUGAUAGACCCCUACGCACCCCUCGUGGAUGGGAGAAGGAAAUUUGGGGAUGGGAGCCAACGGAUGGCUCAGAUGUACGGCACUUUUGACUUUGAAUCUGAGCCGUUCGAUUGGGGAGAGGCGGAAGCCAAGAGAAAGCCUAUUCCCGAGAAAGACGUGAUUAUAUACGAGAUGAACGUGCGGGCAUACACUGCAGAUCCCUCUAGUGGGGUCGAGGAGGGGAGACGAGGAAGCUACUCAGCUGUUGCGGAUAAGGUGCAGCACCUGGUGCAGCUGGGCGUGAACGCGGUGGAGCUGCUGCCCAUCUUCGAGUACGAUGAGAUGGAGUUCCAGAGGCGCCCCAACCCCCGCGACCACAUGGUGAACACGUGGGGCUACUCCACUGUCAACUUCUUCGCCCCCAUGUCCCGCUUCGCCUCUAACGGCGGCGGUCCUGUAGCAGCAGCAAGGGAGGUGAAGGAGAUGGUGAAAAAGCUGCAUGCGGAGGGGGUGGAGGUGAUUCUAGAUGUGGUAUACAACCACACCAACGAGGCUGACGACACCUUCCCGUAUACCACCUCGUUCCGCGGCAUCGACAACAAGACAUACUACAUCGUUCAGCCGAACAGCUAUGUGCAACUGGCGAAUUAUGCUGGGUGUGGUAACACGCUCAACUGUAACCACCCGGUGGUGAUGCAGAUGAUCCUGGAUAGCCUCCGGCACUGGGUGCAGGAGUACCACGUGGAUGGGUUCCGCUUUGACCUCGCCAGUGUCCUGUGCCGAGGGACCGAUGGAGAGCCCCUCACAGCGCCUCCUCUCAUUCGGGCCAUUGCCAAGGACGAGGUGCUAUCCAAGUGCAAGCUGAUCGCAGAGCCGUGGGACUGUGGGGGACUCUACCAAGUGGGAAGCUUUCCCAACUGGGACAGGUGGGCGGAGUGGAACGGCAAGUAUCGAGACGACGUGCGCAAAUUCAUUAAGGGCGAUGAGGGCAUGAAGGGGCCGUUUGCCACUCGACUGGCUGGAUCCGCUGACAUGUACCAUGUCAAUCAGCGCAAGCCCUACCACAGCAUUAACUUUGUCAUCGCUCACGACGGUUUCACACUCAGGGACCUCGUGUCUUACAACGUCAAGCACAACGAGGCGAAUGGGGAGGAGGGGAGGGACGGCAGCAAUGACAACUUCAGCUGGAACUGCGGAGCGGAAGGUGCCACACAGGAUGAGGGAAUCAUUGCGUUGAGAAACCGCCAAAUGAGGAACUUCCACAUCGCGCUGAUGGUCUCCCAGGGAACACCUAUGAUGCUGAUGGGGGAUGAGUACGGGCACACGCGUAACGGCAACAACAACAGUUACGGCCAUGACACCGCACUCAACCACUUCCUCUGGAACCAGUUGGACCAGGCCCGCUCGUCUCUCUUCCGCUUCACAGCAGCAGUCAACCGCCUUCGUUCCUGGCACCCAGCUCUUGGCCAAGCCAACUUCCUCUCACCCCGGGACAUCACAUGGCAUGAAGACAACUGGGAUAACUACGAGAGUAGAUUCCUUGCCUUCAGCUUGCAUGACACCUCUGGGACAUGUGGGGACCUGUAUGUGGCCUUCAAUGCUCACUCUUUCGCUGUGGAUGCUGGCCUACCUCCCCCACCCGCUGGGCGCCAAUGGGUCCGACUGGCGGACACUAAUUUGCCAUCUCCAAGGGACAUUGUGGAUGAUCUGGAGACAAUUGCAACCAAUGGGCGUGUAAUCAGCGGCACCUACAAUGUCGCGCCACACUCCUCCCUUAUCCUCCUAGCUACCAAGGCAUAG